UAAAAAUGGCGCACGUAUCGCUUUUGUUUUUAAAUAAACACUAACCGUCUUUUUUUUAUUUUUUUUACUUUACAACGUUAUAUUCAUAAUAAAGUGUUUCAAAUUUUGUAAUUUUACUAUUUAAUAGUUGAUUUAAGAUAAUAAUUGCUCAAUGUUGUUUUAAUUUUUAUCAUAAAUAAACCGGCAUAUAAGUUAUAAAUUUGUCGCAUCAUAUUCAAUGACGUGGAAAUAGGUUAGGUUUGAAACUUAUUGUCAAGAAUCGCAGAUGGAAUUUGUGUAAAUAUUUCGCUUUGUAUAGUUAAACAUUUUAUCUUCUUGUGAGAAAAUUUUUUAUAUCAAAUAUGUUCGAGAUAACGGAUACACAGAAAAUUGGAGUUGGACUUGCUGGAUUUGGCAUUGCUUUCCUCUUUCUUGGAGUAUUACUAUUAUUUGACAAAGGACUGUUGGCAAUUGGCAACCUUCUGUUUAUUUGUGGACUAGGAUGUGUGAUUGGACCAAGAAGGACAUUUAGCUUUUUCUUCCAAAGGCAUAAAAUAAAAGGAAGUGCAUCAUUUUUAGGAGGUAUAAUUAUUGUCUUGAUGGGAUGGCCCUUGGUUGGCAUGCUCGUCGAAACAUAUGGAUUCAUUGUUCUAUUCAGUGGAUUUUUACCAGUGGCUGUAAACUUUUUAAGGAGAGUGCCAAUCUUAGGAACAUUUUUGAACAUGCCAGGAAUCAAUCGAAUAAUGGUUUUUCUAGCAGGCGAUUCAAAUAGGACAACAGUAUGACCUUUUAUAAUUAUGAAUUAACUGCCAUUCCUCUCAAUUGCUGUACAUACAAUUUUUCGUUUCAUCUCCAUCCAUUUUUCAUCUGAACCUUGGUUUCAUAUUCUUCUUUUAUCAUAUUGCCCUUUUUUUAUGAACACCAUUCCUUUCUUUACAUUCUUCUUCUAAGUCGACAAAUUCUGUUAGGUUAAGUGUGUAUAAAUAAAGUACAUACCAAUGGUUACAAUGUAAUUACAGACGAAUAGUUGUGAAGUUUUAAAAAAUAGUUGUAAAAAAUAACUUUUAUAAUUUAGACUAUUGUCUAUAUAAUUUUCUUUUUUUUUCUUCGAGAGAAUAUUUAGUUGUAUUUAUUCUCGUAUUUAUUUAUGGUGUUACUGUGUGUGAUUCCACUUUACAGAACUGAAUUUGUUUUAGAAAAUGAAAAUUAUGUUAAGUGUGGGAGUGUUUCAAUUUUUAUUGAUGAAAAACAAUAAAAUAAUGUAAAUUGAUAAAUUUUUUUUAUAAAAAGUUAUAUUCUCUUGUUUAUUAGAAUAUUACUUUAUACACAAAACUACAUAGACUACAUAUUAACAAAAUUGAAAUAGUUAAUAAAUUUUGAAAUAAAAUAUCGUAUAUGUAGAUGAGUGAUGUGAAAAAAUCUCUUCGUUUCAGGAUUACUAAAAAAAAACAUUGUUCAGGAAUUUUUAUCAGCAGAUAUGAUGAACGUCGCAAACAUUCCCAUUUCAUAAAUUAUCAUUUUCUAUAGAAUUUUAUUGUUUAAUUUCAAUUGCCUAUGAAUAAUCCUCUAAAUAUCUUCCUAUUUCGACUUCUGAUCUCUAUAUAGUUUGGUUAAAUAGUUAAUAAAAUUUUUUAAUAAAAAUUACUCUUCGUUUAGUUUAGCUAAUUUACAAAAAAUAUUAUCUUAAAAAAAUAAAUUUUUAAUUGAAACAAUUCUAAUAAUUAUAAAUAUUUAUAAUUAAAUAAUUAGCAAACUUUUUUUUUAACUUCAAUUAAUCCGAAAUAUUUGAAUAAACCUUUUUUUUAGACUGUCUGUCAAGUUUUAAAUUGAAUAUUAUGCAAAAGCUGAACUAUAUAACAACAAAUUACGAGUGUAAAAUUAUUCUUGGCUAGCACACGUGGUUUAUCGUAACGAUCGUAACUUUGCCAAUUCGUUCCUAGACACGUGGUUAACCUUGAUCCUCAACCUUCAGUCAGUAUUAUUCUCUCUCGCGUUAAUAUUAUGUGUUACGAAUAUAAAUUGUCAAAGACAACGUUCAAUAGUUUAUGUAUGUGUAUAACGGGUUUUAGGAUAAAUAAGAAAAAGUACAAGAAAAUGAAAUUAAAUUUUACUUCGACUUUAUUGAUCUCUCGCCUUCUCUGCAUACAUCCUAACAUGAACAGAUUUUAGAUGUAUACAAUCAGAGUUACCUCUUACGCUUUACUUUAAUCUUCUUUUUUUUUAUAUCUUACAAGAUAGUUGUCCAGAGUGUGAAAUUAAAUAACCACUCGCCUAAUUCACGGUGGACAUGUUAUUUAUUACAAUCAUCGUUUCAUCAUCAAUAAUUACGAAUUAUUAAUUAUCUACAAUGGGCCGAGAAUAAGGGCGGGGGGCGGCCCAGGUCUACGCGCCCCGCCAUCGCCGUUUGAUGAUCUUCGUCGCGCGUCCCUCUCGCUCACAAACAAAUUUUUAUUAUUUUUUUUUCAUGACUUUGCUUUCAAUGAUUGUUGUCAUUUUUUUUUUCUUCAUUAAAAUCAAUAUAUAUAAAUAUAGUUGUAAUCAGUUUCACUGACCCGAGCGACACACGCCGCUUGUCUCAAAAUUCUCAUCUGAACACGCAUUUACAAUUAUUAUUAUUUUUUUUUUU